UCGGGUUUCAGAAAAUACUUCGGCAUAACUGCUAGAUAGAGGAGAGAACACGCAGAAAAGUGCUGGAAUUUGUCAGAACCAAAAAAAACAAUAAUAAAAACUUUGCUCGUUGUGAACUAAGUGUACGAACAAAAUACAGAUUGUAUUUACUUUUUUUUCAUUUAAAUCUCAAAAACAUAAGUUUACAUAAAACAUUAUACAAAUUUACUUCAGUGGGCGUUGCGAUACGCACAUAGGAUUUCUUUUGGCGAGUGACCUGGUUGCGUAAAGGGUAAAUUGUGACUUGCCGACACAAUGGAAGACCUCACUAAAAAUAUAAUCUUCACAAAUGCAAUCAACGGGCAACCGGCUACAAUUCAGUACCAAACUGCUGAUGGCACUAUUCUUAAGCAGCCAAAGAUUGAGGGACAAAAAACUGAACAACCAACCUUCUACUACACAACAAAUGGAAACGGAGGGACCGUCAAUCUCGCCCAGCUUGCCACCACGGAUGAUAACAAAACCUGCUAUAUAGCCCAGCCAGUGGGUGGAUACAAUUAUGCCUUGGUGAAUGGGAUGCCGCUUAAUCAGGGCACGGCGUUAGGCAUCGCAACCGUGGAUGCCCAAGGGCGCAUUCAAAUCGUCAAUCAAAACAAGCCAAUUACAGCUAACACAAUAUCUAACAUCAGCUUUAAGUGCGAUGUCUGCUCGGACAUGUUUCCCCACCUUGCUUUACUUAACGCUCAUAAGCGAAUGCAUACAGAUAGUGAACAACAACAGCAACAGCACACCUCUCAGCAAGGUGGAGACUCUAUAGCUGUCGUCAACGCCCAGGGGUUGGUGCAAGCUCAAAAUAUUAUUAACAAUGGUCAAAUGGGUCAAAUACAGAUAGUGGCAUCUGACUCGCUUGAGCCAGUUCAGCAGCCUGUAAUGCAGCAGCAUGAUUCCAAAGCAAGCAAGUGCAUAAGUUGUGGAGGCCCUAUUCUGCAGCAAUCCAAACGAAAGGGCCCGAAGCAGGUCAGAUGUGAAUCCUGCAUGCAAGCCGAGCAAGCGGCUCAGCAGCAGCAACAGCAGCAGCUUUUUGUUGCACAAGACGGCCAAAUGGCUCAUCCAGUGCAAAUCAUAUCAACUACACCCCAGGCCCAGGCUCAGUUACAGCAAAUUGUGGCCUCCCAGACAGGGGGUACAACCCCGAAAAGGGAACCGACCAGUGGAUCCGGCCACCACCCAGUAAAAAAACGAAAUUCGCAGCAGAUGACCAAAUGUCAAAAGUGUAACGGAUCCGGCAUGGUGAUCGUGGGGCAGCACUCUCACGGGGGCCUUAGUGGAGCUGGAGGCUCAGUUAAACAAACGGUCACUGUAAAAACUGAGUGUUCGUCUUGCAGAAAUCCAUCGAAACCGUUUAGCUGUAAUAUAUGUGGUGGACUUUUUUCACGGUAUUCGAGCCUUUGGUCUCAUAAAAAGCUACAUAGUGGUGAAAAAAACUACAAAUGCAGCAUCUGUGGACUUGCUUUUGCCAAAGCUGUUUAUCUGAAGAACCACGCACGUAUUCAUACGGGCGAAAAGCCAUACAAAUGCCAAACCUGCGGUAUGCAGUUCUCCCAAUCGCCACAUCUUAAAAAUCACGAACGUACGCACAGUGGUGAGCGACCAUACGUGUGUGGGGUUUGUGAUAAAGGAUUCGCCCGACACGCAACACUUUGGAACCAUAGGCGAAUUCACACAGGCGAAAAGCCGUAUAAGUGUGAGAUUUGUGGUUCGGCAUUCUCGCAGGCUGCGCAUCUAAAAAACCAUGCCAAGGUCCAUUCCGGUGAAAAGCCAUACAAAUGUGAGAUAUGUUCGGCUGCGUUCGCUGAUCGCUUUGCUCUUAAGCGACACCGUGGCAUACAUCAGAAAUACGGGCAAACAGCGCCCCGCCAAUCUGGUGGAGAGGGGAUGAUAGUGCACAAGCAGGAGAUACCUGAUAUGGAUGACGAAGCUCAGCAGGAGGUUAUCAUUGGAGGAUUAUAGAUAAAAGCAACGAAUUCAAAUGCUAAGGCGGUAGACUGUUUUGCGAAAUUGGCAACACAAGGGGUACCAUGUUGUACACCUGAAGAGUACCCCGCUCAUUCAUACCAUGGUAACUAUUAUUAUCAGUUGCCACUGCCUCCCAUAGUCUCAAUCCCAGAACAACCCCAAGACGCUGCUUUCGAUCCAGGGAGAUAUUAAUGUGGUAUUUCAAAUUUGCGAAACCGCUGGCACUACCAACUAGGCAUUGCAUAGAAUAUGAAUAUAUUAAUAUUUUUUUACUCUAGCUUUCUUUUAGUCCACGAAAUUUGGAGAAACCCAAAAACGCUUUUUUACGUUAAACAAACGAAUGAACCUAUUUAUUUGGUAGCCUGUAACAUACACGUAAACAUACCUAUAAAUAUUAAAAGUAUAUAUGUACCAUUAUAUAUAUAUGACAGUAUAUAUAAGUGUUAUAGUUUAUUUCCGUAUACUAAUUUUAGGUGUAAUCAAUUGGAUUUAUAAGAAGGGUGUGGGUUGGGGUAAACAAAAUAGAUCCGAAGUAAAAAUACGUAAAAAUCUACGCAAUAUAUAUUAUUUAUAUAAUAUAUAUAUAGGUAUUUAUAUAAAUAUAUAUGAGCGCGUUUGAAUAAAAUAUUAGAGUUAAGCUAAGCCCCUUUAAAAUACAGCUUAUGUAUAUUUAGUAAGUAUUAUAAACAGAAAAAUAAAUUUUUGAAUAAAAUAAAAAUUUUAAUAUAAUA